UCUGUGCAUGUGGCAGUCUCUUGUUUGCUCGUACACUCUAAUCGUCAUCAACACCACGUUGUGUUCGAUUGUUCAACCACGGAAGUUUGCUGACGCCGAAUGUGUGAUGGCCAUUGACUUUUGCAGCAAAAAUGUGGGCACGUUGAUCGAGGCGGACCAAAUAUGCGCCGACGGCUACGACGUCGGCAACCUUAUUAGUGCGGACAGGCGUCGUUGCGGUUUCAUGGCCGAGUACUUUAUAAAGCCCCCCGUCACCGUGUUGCUGACGCUGCCUUGCCCGACCGAGCUGAGUUGCGUAGUGGUCGGUCUAAUUCGCGGUCCAGUCAAACUGACCGGCUUCGAGAUCUGGGUGUCGCACACCGGUGUCGGCUCUACUUCGCCGCCACAGGACGACUUUGUUCUGGUCGGCAAGAAAUACGAAGCCACGGGCGACGUCGUUCAACUGCGCAACAGGUGCUACGUUCCAAGAGGGCCAUUCGCGGGCCUGAUGCGAGAUGGCAGAACGCCUUCGUUUGCAUACGACUCGCAUGGAACGGGUGAAACCCUCAAGACUGCCUAUUGCAAAUACGUGUGCCGGAUAAAGCUGAAACUGACCCGCGCAAUGGGCAGCGCCUCGAUUGGACUAGGCUCCUUGCAAGUCUGGGGUCAGCCGAUGGCUGCCCUUUGCAGCUUAGCUGCCCAAGACGAACUGAUUCGCCAAUUCCUUAGUAGUUCCGAAACCGUCCCUAACUUCAGUCGUGAACAUUCGGCGACUGACCAACGCCGUUUGCACCAGGGGUCAUCUUCUGCGUCGACUGUUGCUGAGCAGGCGAAGUCACUACCACCGAAGAGCCAGUGUGAACAAAAGCGCGAUGUUACUACCGGCGAGUUUCAGAUUCCGACAGACUUUCAGGACGCUUUGACUUUUGAACUGAUGACGCAACCAGUUGUACUGCCAAGUGGCCAAGUAGUGGACCAGUCGACGUUAGAUAAGCAUGUCGACACAGAGGAAAAGUGGGGUAGACCUCCAACAGAUCCAUUCACUGGAAUAACGUUGACGGGCAUUAAUUGUCCCAAAAGCCUUCCUGAACUCAAGAGCCGCAUCGACCACUUUGUGGUUCGCAACUUGGAGCAACUGGGGAACAUUCCAAGGACUUUGGGAGGAAGCCCGGCUGGGACAUUGAGCAGUGCAAGGCCCUCUGGUCUGAUUUCGUUAUCGCAUUCUGAACGUCCCUCAUCAUGUCAGGCUUUGAAUGAGUCUACAGCAUGUGUCAGUACAAAAGAUGAAACUUGCUCAUCUCAGAACUGCCGUAGACCAAACCAUCUUAAUGCAUUUAACUCUCAAGGAUCAAAAGCUGGUAUAACCGGACUUGCAGGCAAAUUGGGUACAGCGACUUCUUCCACUUCAAACUUGGUCAAUGUGCAUUCUAGUUUUGACAGUGUGGAUCAAAGAGUGCUUCAGGGGCAUCGGAUAUGCAGAGGUGCAAUUUCAAAAUUGUCUGUUUCACCCACCAUGUUGCCAAAAGCCAUGCCUGUACCCCAGUCGACCAAGCAACAUGCCGCAUUCAUGUCAGAUACAUCAUCAAGCAGCGACAAGCAGAAGUUGGGAGAAGGUGAGAAACGUAAGUUUGAGUCAGCAGCGAAUGUUCCUGAGGCCAAGCAACCACGAUGUGAUCUCAAAACACACGAGGAGCGCCUUGCUGACAGCCUGUCAAGUUCUCUGGCUGAAACACUGCAGAGAAUAAGGAACAGUGCUCAGCAAAAACGAAAAGUUCAAGAAACAGACGGUGACUUGUGUUGGGCAUGUAAGGUGUCGCAGUCGACACAUCGUGUACCAUGUGGUCACCACUUUUGUCGUAGCUGCUUAAUGAAUACUGUUAGGAAGGGACAGUGUACCUGUGGCAAGUUGUUUCAGUCAUCUGAAGUCGUUAGGGUGCACUGUUCUGAGCAGAAUCGAGAAUGAAACUGUAUUUAUAUCUUGUUCCGGAUUUCAUGAAGUGCUCAUCAAUUACUGCUGCUGGAGCAAAGAUGGAAAAG